AUGAGCUAUCCAUACCCUCCACUCCAUGAGUAUCACCAGUUAGGAGAUGUUUUUGUUGGUGGUAUUGCUUCCCACUCUUUCAUUGUCUCCAGUCCUAUAGACUUCACAAGAAAUCCACCACCACCAUCGUCUGAUGAACUUUUCACAGUGACCAAGAACUACCAGCACAUCCUAGCUUUUGCAUUUGCAGUAAAAGAAAUCAAUGAAAACCCAUGGAUACUACCCAACAUCACCUUGGGCUUCCACAUCCAUGACAGCUGUUUCAAUGCUAAGUGGACCUAUCGAGAAACAAUGCAAGUCAUAUCCACACCAAAGAAAUUUGCCCCCAAUUAUAAGUGUGAUAUUCAGAACAACUCACUAGCUGUAAUAGGGGGACUAGACCCCCAAAUCUCUCUUCUUGUGGCAACUGUCUUGGAUAUCUACAAAAUUCCACAGCUUAUCUAUGGUUCUGCUCCACUGAUGAAUGACAAAACCCCAGGCUUGCCCUUCUAUAAAACAACCCCCAGUGAAACCCUUCAGUAUAUGGGGAUUCUUCAGUUACUUCUCCAUUUCAAGUGGACGUGGAUUGGCCUCCUUUAUGUGGAUGAUGAAAACGGAGAAAGAUUUCUGCAAUCUAUGUCUGAACUCUUUUCUCAGCAUGGCAUCUGUUUUUCCUUCAUUGAAAAAAGCCCCAAAUCAACCGUUAUGACUGAUAUUCCUGAAAAGUUUCAAAGAGGGCUAAACAUACAUGAUAAAGUCAUGGGCAGAAAAGCCAAUGUAUGUCUGUACUAUGGAGAAUCCUAUUCUGUUAUAUACUUGAGAUGGUUGCCCGUUCUAGCGGACCUAGACAACAUGACAUGGAAGGGGAAAGUGUCAAUAAUGACAGCCCAGAUGGAGCUCAAUGCAUUUAUCUAUCAAAGGAUUUGGGGUACAGAUCUAAUCCAUGGCACUCUGUCCUUCACCAUUCAUUCCAGUGAUCGCCCUGGGUUUCAACAAUUUGUUAAGGCCAGAAACCCUUCCAGAAUAAAAGAAGAUGGUUUUAUCAAGGACUUUUGGAGACACUCCUUUGACUGUGAAUUUCCAGAUGAAGUUCUGGUCAAGGGGAAGGGGAAUAUUUGCACUGGGGAGGAGAAGCUGGAGAGUCUUCCUGGGCCUUUUUUUGAAAUGAGCAUGACUGGGCACAGCUAUAACAUUUAUAAUGCUGUUUAUGCCCUGGCCCAUGCUUUAAAUGCCAUGUUCUCAUCCAGACUCAAACAUGAGAAGGUGAAUAGAGGAGGACUGAAACAGGACAAUCAAGAAUGGUGGCAGCUUCAUCACUUUCUGAGAGGUAUCUCCUUUAACAACAGUGCUGACGACGAGGUUUCUUUUGACCACAAUGGGGAGUUGGUAUCUGGAUUUGAUAUUAUAAAUUGGAUUUUUCUAUCAAACCACUCCUUUCAGAGAGUGAAGGUUGGGAGGAUGGAUCCACAAGUUCCCUCAGACCAAGGGUUCACCAUUGAUGAGGAUGCGAUCAUAUGGGACACCUGGUUUAAUCAGACACGUCCUCUUUCGGUAUGUACGCAGAGUUGCCAUCCCGGUUAUAGGAAGAAAAUAAAAGAGGGGGAGCCAUUUUGUUGCUAUGAUUGCACUCCAUGUCUAGAAGGGAAGAUCUCUGACCAAAAGGAUAUGGAUGACUGUAAAAAAUGUGCAGAUAACCAAUAUCCAAACAAAAAACACAAUUUAUGUAUUCCGAAGGACAUCAGCUUCUUGUCCUAUGAAGAACCUUUGGGGGUUAGCUUUGCCUUUUUUGCUCUUUCCUUCUCUUUGAUUACUGCUCUGAUCUUAGGGAUUUUUCUGAAGCACCACAACACUCCCAUUGUCAAAGCCAACAACCGGAGCCUCACUUACAGUCUCCUCAUCUCUCUCUUCUUCUGCUUCCUUUGUGCAUUGCUGUUCAUUGGCCCACCGAAGAAAGUGACAUGUCUUCUUCGACAAGCCGCCUUUGGCAUCAUCUUCUCAGUGGCUGUUUCUUGUGUACUGUCAAAGACCCUAACUGUGAUUCUGGCUUUUAUGGCCACCAAACCAGGAAGCAGAGUGCGGAAAUGGGUGGGGAACAGAUUGGCCCACUCCAUUGUUCUUUCCUGCUCUCUUAUCCAAGCAGGCAUCUGUGCUGGGUGGCUGGCAACCUCUCCCCCGUUCCCAGAUAUUGACAUGCAUUCAACAGUUCAAGAAAUUAUAUUGGGAUGUAACGAGGGGUCUGUUGCUAAUUUUUACUGUGUCCUGAGCUACAUGGGCUUCUUGGCGGUCAUCAGUUUCACUGUGGCUUUUCUUGCCAGGAAGCUACCUGACAGUUUCAACGAAGCCAAGUUUAUCACAUUCAGCAUGUUGGUCUUUUGCAGUGUUUGGCUGUCAUUUGUUCCAACCUAUCUGAGUACCAAGGGGAAAUAUAUGGUAGCCGUGGAGAUCUUCUCUAUCUUAGCCUCCAGUGUUGGGCUCCUGGGUUGUAUCUUUUCUCCCAAAUGUUACAUUAUCUUGUUCAGGCCUGAACUGAACAAUAAGAAACAUAUGAUUAGGAAAAACACUUAG